AUGCGCAUUCACGCCUUAUCAGUUUCCUCUCUUUUAGCUGUUUUAGUGGCAGGCCGCGGUGCUGUCAUCCCGAAGGACCAGAGCCUCAACACCACCUUCAAUAAUCCUGUCUUUCCAGGAUGGCACCCUGAUCCUAGCUGCGUCUUCGUCCCUGAGCGAGACAACACCACCUUCUGCGUCACCUCGUCCUUCUUAAACUUCCCAGGUCUUCCUAUUUACGCCAGCAAAGAUCUGGUUCACUGGGUGCACGCCAGCAACGCCUUCAACCGCGCAGAGCAGAUCCCAGGCCACGCUGCCAUGAGCGGCAAUCCGCGCGGCGGCAUCUGGGCUCCGACCAUUCGAUACCGGGAAAGCAAAUUCUACGUCAUUGUCACUUACGCGACUUACGCGCCCAAAGAAAAGGUCUAUAAUCUCCUGCUCCACGCCGAAGAUCCCAACAGCGAUGCGUCUUGGAGUAUUCCUCUACCCAUCACCAAUCCAGGAGGAAGCAACCAUAUUGACCCGGACCUUUUCUGGGAGGACGGCACCGCCUAUAUGGUCACAGGCUGGGGCAGAAUAUUCCUCUCCGUAAUCGACGUAAAGACUGGCAACGCGAGCGACAAGAUCGAGAUAUGGAAGGGCACAGGUGGUAGCAACCCCGAGGCACCGCAUAUCUACAAGAAAGACGGCUUCUUUUACCUUCUUAUCGCAGAAGGCGGUGCUGGUCUCGGCCACAGCGCUACCAUAGCGCGAUCUCAAACUCUCUAUGGGCCAUAUGAGAGCUAUUCUGGGAAUCCCGUUCUCACAAAUAGGGGAUCGGGCGAGCUCUUUCAGUCAGUCGGACAUGCAGACCUGUUUCGAGAUGUUCACGACAACUGGUGGGCUGUUGCGCUGGCAACACGCUCAGGUCCGGAGCUCGAGAACUAUCCUAUGGGUCGAGAAACUGUGCUUGCGGCCGUGACUUGGGAGAAUGACUCUUGGCCAAUGUUCGAUCCUGUGCGCGGCACCAUGCAUGGUCCUAUACCAAGAACCACAGCAGCACCUCACAAGAGACUUCUGAUCGAUACCGGAGACGAGGUCAACUUCAACCCAGGGACUUCCUUGCCGCAUCAUUUCGUUCACUUCAGGUCCAAGGUCGAGGAAAAGUACACUAUUAUCAAUAACUCACUACGACUAUUGCCGUCACAAAGCAAUCUGACGGGCAGCCCAGAUCACUUCGAUCCUGGAGAUGGCGUAACUCGAUCUGUCAUUUGUGCCGAAUAA